AGAUUUGGAGUUGGGGCAAAAGGUCACAUCAUCAUCAAUGGCGCCCGAAUAAAUUUUUUGUUCAUUUUACCAAUCGGCACAGCACGCUCCCACAGCUGCCUCCAUCCGUCCCCUUCUCCUCCAACUCCUCCGCCGCCGCUCCUGCUAGGGUUAAGGUAACGUGCGCGCGAGGCGACCGAUGUCGACGGGAGCGGGAGCGGAACCGGAGAUGGACGACGGUUACGGCUUUGACACGGUCUUCAACGUGGAGGCUUUCUCCGACAGGACGCUGCAGGUAGAGGUCGUCGGCCGCGACGACCACGCGCCUGGGUCCGGCCGCAAGCGCCGCCGCGAGGAGGACAAAGAAUAUGAUGGAGAACAUAUUGACUCGUUUUGUACUGUGAUGAGUACACCAGUUUUACGAGUGGAGACCAUAUAUGUGAGCUCGGCGAUUCUUGCUGCAAAAAGUAGUUUCUUUCGCAAGCUUUUCUCAAAUGGCAUGAAAGAAUCUGGUCAGAGAGAGGCAACAGUUAGACUUGCUGAUUCAGAGGAAAAGGCCUUCAUGGAGCUUUUACGCUUCAUGUACAUGGGAAAGUUGACACCAACAACUGAGCCCACUCAUCUGGUUGACAUCUUGAUGGCUGCUGACAAAUUUGAGGCCAUUUCUUGCAUGAAGCUUUGUGGUGAGCGGCUUAUCGACCUGCCUAUGACCCCAGAGUCUGCAGUGAUGUGCCUAAAUCUCCCGUGUUCUAUUUCAGUGCCAGCUGUCCUAACAGAGGCAGUCAUGAAAUUCCUUGCUGAACGGUACAAGGAAUUCCUGUCAACAGAGUCCCAAGAUGAACUGAUGAGGAUCCCUGGUGCUGGGAUUGAAGCCAUCCUAAGAAGGAAUAGCUUUGGGUUUGCAUCUGAAGUAGCUGUCUAUGACUUCGUGCUUAGGUGGACCUGUUAUCAGUGCCCAAAUUCAGAAGAAAUACGGAAGUUCUCGAGUAAUAUUUUACUUCCGGUUGUGCAACAAAUGCACAUGUUGACCAAUGCCUUUGCAAUGUUCACCAACGCCAUUGCAGUUGAUCAUCCGUCUGGUAUAAUUAACUUCACUAUAAAUCGUGAGAAGUGCUUCAGUCUCUUCCCAUCAGGAUCAAUGAAUUCGCUGCCGUUCCACUGCGGGGACCAUGUCUUCUAUCUCUCGGCAUGCUGUGCUAUGAAGGAGCAGCUCCAAUAUUUUUACCUUGGAAUACAAGUGCUAACAUAUACCAAGGGGGCAGCAAGGGGGGCAAUAGAUUAUAAGUUUGAGGCAAAGAGAACACCGUCGCUGGAGUUUGUCACCAUGUUUAGUCGCACCAUCAACUCCGAUAGCAGGGUAGCUGUUCGAUGCAAGUUUCUUUGGUCGCAGUUCAUUGCUGACAACAACCCGUUCUUCGUUGAGGACAAACUCCAUUUGCGAGUCCAUGUGACCACAAAACCGCUGCAGCCAUAGUGUGAUGUGUGCAUUAGCUGCUAGCUUGACGAGCCCAAGAGUUUCAUUUGUGCGGGCGAGGAAAAGCCCCUAUUAUUCUGAAACAUGAAGAAACCUGAACCGGGGUGCUCUGGCUAUUUGCUAGCAUUUUGCUCACUCUCUUUUGGUGACUGGAAUUAAUGUCGCGUGUAAGUAUCUAGAAUCUGAUGCUGGGGGUUUCACCUUCUUGAAUACUGUUACUAGACGCAAAA